AUGCGGCGACAGGAUGGCAGCUUCUGCCACGAUCCGUUGGGAUUGGAACAACUCCAGCCGCAAAGCGUCCCGGAGCACCAAGUCCUGUGGCUGCGGGUGUUGGAAGCAGUGGACGCGGGCAUGAGCUGGCCCAGCAAGCGGCGAAUGCAGAUCCAGAUGGCGGCCCGCCUGAGCGAGAGGGUGCAGGGAAUCCUUGCGCAAUUUGAUCACAGGGAGAUUACACUCACGCUUCUGGGGAUGCAUGCUGCCUUGCAGCUCGUGAGCCAGGGCCUUCAACAAAUGGUCCUAGACCGGGAAGGGAGAAUACAUCCGGAAAGUGAUGAGGAAGAGGUUGAGGUCCCGGUCGAUGAAGCAGAGCACGCGGCCUUGUUCCAGAAGACCACGACGGCAAGGAUGAGCAGAGGCAAGGAACAGCAAGGAGAUGCAGUGGCGCAGAUGGGGGGUGAAGCAGGGCACUCGGCCUUGUUCCAGAAGACCACGACGGCAAGGAAGAGCAGAGGCAGGGAACAGCAAGGAGACGAAGUGGCCAUGAUGCAGAUGGGGGCUGUCCGCGCUGACCUCGAGCAUUUCCUGCGCCGCCAACUGGAGUUGCAACCACACCCGGAAGCAACAUUGCUGCUCCUGGCACAGCUGGGGGCCCGGCCGCCAGAUGGAUGCUCCAACGGAAGUGCAGAAUCCUCCGACAACGAGGAGAUCAGCGUUGGCACCCUCCGACCGGGUCUGGUGAGAUUGCUGUGGACAUCGCCCUCAAACCUGGUCCCGACCGUGCUCGCGGAAGUACUGGCUCUGCCGGGCAAGCCCCACGAGGAUCCAGGCCAUGCUCAACGCACAGCAAGGAACUUGGAGCAAAGCAUCCCGACAAAGGAGCAGUCCGAAGCUGAGAAGGUCCUCUUCCAGAGCUGGCGGGACGAGAGCGAUAUUGGGAUCGUCCAGGAAGCCUUGAAACUACUGGCCAGCGUGGCGCACCAGCCGGAACCCAGUGGCGAACCCUGGGUGUCCAGUGAGAACAGAGAGACCCAGAGCGCUCAGCAGACGUGGGUGGAGCUCGAGACGAUCCUCGAGGCCGUGCCGGCAGAGACCGUCCAGAAAGUGGCCGCAGCUCUCGCCAUGACGUACAAUGAUGUGGACAGCUUGGGCCCGCCGCCGAGCCUGCUCAGACUACGCAUAGCACUCAGGGAGAGAAGCUGUGAGCAAGCGCAGGAGCCAGUGCAGGAAGCGGAGACCGACCAAGGCCAGGACCAGGACGACAUGCGAAGCUGGACGAAGACUGAGGCGGCAGUUGUCGACGAUACCGUCGCAGGUCGACGACAAGAAGCGGAGACAGAGCCAGGCCCAGCGGGAUCGCGAGAUCUCGAGGAGCAGCAGGAGCAGUUGCAGGCGGAGGGGACCGCGCAGGCGCCCGACAUGUCCAGCACCAGACAGGGGCGAGAAGACGGCCUUACCGUGCGCAAAAGCCCGGGAUGCAGCGUGGACAAGGAGGACAACCGCAAGCGGAGCAAGCCAGAACCCGGGGUCAACCUCGACGGCGCGCGCAGAGACCCAGACAGCUAUGAGCGAGGAUGGCUACAGGAAUACACAGAGGCCCAGGCGGAGGAAGAACGCAUGGGCGACCUGCUGGCCGACCUUGAGGAAGAAGCACUGGUGGAGCAGGCACGACAGGAGUAUGACGAAGAACAGAUGCAAGGGGAGAGCGACGACCACGCCGAGAUGACUGCCAGCGACAGCAGCUGA